UCAAAAAAGAGUUUCAGCAGCUAAUGAAAUUUUGCCAUUCAUUAAAUUUAUUUUUCAUCCAAAAACGACGAAUCAAUCACAACAGUUUUCAUAUUACAACACCUAUUUUUUACGUUAAUUCAGUUCCUCACAUUGGCCAUAUCUAUAGUGCGCUUUUGGCAGAUGCACUUUUUCGAUGGAACUUAAUGCGUUGUGGAAAUUCUCCAAACCAGCCGUCUCCACCCAAUUUUCAUUUUUCCACGGGGACAGAUGAGCACGGAAAGAAGAUUCAAGAUGCUGCAAAUGCAAAAGGAUUGCCUCCUAGAGACCAUUGUGAUGUUGUUAGCAGCAUGUUUAUGAAUGUCUUCAAAAAAUUUGGUAUAAAGUAUACACGAUUUACUCGAACAACUUCUCCCGAACAUAUUGAGGCUGUAAAUCAUUUUUGGAAUUUGUUAGGCAAAAGAGGACAUAUUUUCAAACGUUCAUAUGAAGGUUGGUAUUCUUCAGUCGAUGAGUGCUUUUACGACGACUACGAAGUAAUUGAUCAUACUACAACUAAUGGAGAGCAAACAAAAACAAAAUCACUUGUCACAAAAAUUUCAGAAGAAAAUUAUGCAUUUGAUUUAUCGCGAUUUUAUGAACAAAUUCGUAAUUGGGCUAAUCAACCAGGAGUGAUAUAUCAAUCUCAUUUAAUUUCAUAUAUUGAUGAUUUUAUGUCCAAAGAUUCGGCUGCUCAAAUUUCAAUUUCUAGGCCCAUAAGCAGAUGUUCUUGGGGUAUUCCUGUUCCAAAUGAUAAUUCACAGACGAUUUAUGUUUGGUUUGAUGCAUUAGUUAAUUAUCUUACUGCUGUUGGUUAUCCUAAACAAAUAGCUUCGUGGCCACCAACUAUUCAAAUCUUAGGCAUUGAUAUUUUCAAAUUUCACGCAAUUUAUUGGCCUGCAUUUUUACUCGCUGCUGAUUUACCGCUGCCAAAGAAAUUACUCGUUCAUGGACAUUGGCUUUCUGGAAGGAGAAAGAUGUCAAAAAGCCUUGGAAAUGUGUUCUGUCCUUUAAAAACAGCUGAAAUAACUUCUGUUGAUGGACUUCGCUAUUUUUUACUGAAGCAAAUACCUUAUGAACAUGGAGAUUUUACAUUGGAAAAGGCAGUAACAUUGAUUAAUGCUUAUUUGGUCAAUGAUUUGGGAAAUUUAUUGCAACGCUCACUUAACCCAAGGCUCAAUCCAUCAAAACAUUAUCCUAUCAGGACUGAUACCAAUGAACUUUUAGCCCAUUUUGACGAUGAAAUGAGUAAAGCAACAGCCAAACAACUUAUUGAAAAACUAGAAACUUUGCCAGAGAUUGCGACUGAACAUUAUGACAAUCAAAAUAUUCAUCGUGUACUUGAUUUACUUGUUGAACUUGUUCAAUUGGCGAAUCUUCUCUUUCAACAAUAUGAGCCCUGGAAAAUCGUUAAUGCACAAAAGAAGGUUGAUUCUAAUCUUUUUAUUACCUACGAGACAGUCCGCCUUACGGCCAUUUACCUGCAACCAGUUACGCCAGAUUUUGCUGAUAGAUUGUUAUCAAUUCUUGGUAUUCCACAUACGGAUAGAGGCCUAGAAUUUGCUUGUUUCAUGUGUUCACGUAAAGAUUCUGGAACUGUCAGUCUGGAAAGGAAUGAAGCAGUCUUUCCUCGAAUAGUUUUAAAUAAAUAAAUUAUUAAAUAGUUGACAUUGUUUUUGUUAAUUUUUUUACAAGUAUUUAUGAAAUUAGAAAUUUUGUGCUUUUGUUUUAACAAAAACUGUUUAUUGCCUAUUAUAACUGACUUUUUCAAUUUGUUUUCAGAUAUUUUACUAGAUAUUUUAGCUAUAAAUUGAUUGCAUUCUAGA